GUUACCGCGUAAGAAAGAAAGCGAAGGAAAAGAAAAGAAAAGAAAACAGUAUACACAACACAAGACCCUCUGUGAGUCCGUUUGUUUGUUCGUUCGGUUUUUUGCAAGAAUCGAAUCGAAUCAAAAGAUGGUGAGCGUGUUCUUGGUUGGGUUGGUUGUUGGGGUGUUAGCAAUUGUGAGCUUGGAAGUGGUGGUAUUCUUUUUCGUGUUAAAUCGAUUGAAUCGAAGGAUCAAACAAGAAUCUCUUGCUGCCCUGAAUCCUCCUUCCCAACCUUCCCUCGAUUUCGCUUACAACAAGCAGGGGACUGUUUGGGUUCUUGAAUCAGAAAAAAUUCCAGUACCCAGAGAGCAGAAGCGGAAAAAGGACGUGACUUUGGAGGUUUCCCCUGCUCGAAAACAUGCCAAAAUCCAGGAAAAGUGCUUAGUUUUCACACAUUCUGAUGCUUCCCGCACUUCUGUUCCCCUUAAGGGAUGCGUCAUUGAGGCUGUUUCCGCUACCAAUUUACCCUCAAGAAAAUGGGCCAAGAGAUUUCCAAUAAAGGUGGAAAGCAAAACUUCGGCCAUCUACAAUGGAAGUAAAAUCAUUUACCUUUAUCUGGAGACUUCUUGGGAGAAGGAGUCAUGGUGCAAAGCUCUUCGUCUUGCUUCAUGCGAGGAUAAAGAAAAGCUGAGCUGGUUCACUAAGUUGAAUGAAGACUUCCAUGCUUACUUGUUAUCUUUAAAUGUUGGAUAUCCAUCAUUUAUGAAACCCUCUUCAGGUUUCAUUGCUGAGCCAAUGGAUAAGGGAAAUAGAAGUGAUGGAUCUUCAUCAAAAGUUAGGUUAUUUUGGAGAAAGCUUUCCAAGAAGGCUAAGCCUGGAAUGGAAAAUAAAGGAAUUUGGACAUCUCAAACUGCCCGUGAAGAUAGAAAGACUUAUGAUAAACAGCAGCCAUUCCAAGAUUCAGUCACAAACAAGGUACCAAACAGUUUGACUGAAGAAAAUAUGUCAUGUCCAUUUCCACAAGGUUUUUCUCGUUCAGUAAGUCAAAGUACUUCUGUUGUUUCUGAUGCUGAUCUGGAACAAGACAAGUUUAGUGUCGAUGAAGGGACACUCUGCUGGAACUUGUUAAUUUCUCGAAUCUUUUUUGAUAUCAAAGGAAACGCAGGAUUGAAAAGUUCUAUUCAAGCACGGAUUCAGAGAACAUUGUCCAAUAUGAGGACCCCCAGUUACAUAGGUGAAGUCAUUUGUACUGAUUUAGACAUUGGAAGUCUCCCACCUUAUAUCCAUGCAAUGAGGCUUCUUGCUACAGACAUGAAUGAGGUAUGGGCAUUCGAAGUUGAUGCUGAAUAUUCUGGUGGAAUCCUGUUAGACGUUGAGACAAGACUUGAAGUUAGUGACCAAGAUUUUCAAAAAGGCUUAGUGGACUCAAAUUCAGAACCAAAUUCUGUUGAGAAUGUCUCUUCAGACCUUCUUGAAGGCUUUGAACGUUUUGGAAAUCAUUUGAAUCUUCCUGAAGAGGAUGAGGUCGACCCUAAAGUUGAUGGUGUAAAAGGCUCUAAAGCUACACCAACAACAAGUUGUGUUUCUCGAUGGAAAGCUGUUGUAAAUUCCGUAGCCAAACAGGUUUCACAGGUGCCUUUGUCUUUGUCGAUAAGGAUUUCAUCCCUUAGAGGAACACUACGGUUAUAUAUAAAGCCACCCCCUUCUGAUCAGUUAUGGUUUGGCUUCACGUCCAUGCCUGAUAUAGAGUUUGACCUUGAGUCUUCUGUUGGGGAACACAAGAUAACUAGUGGACAUAUUGCUUUAUUCUUGAUCGGUCGGUUUAAGGCAGCUAUACGGGAAACAAUGGUGCUCCCCAACUGUGAAAGUGCAUACAUUCCUUGGAUGUUAGCAGAAAAAGAUGAUUGGGUCCCAAGGAAAGUUGCCCCAUUUAUAUGGCUUAAUCAAGAUGCAGCUAUGGAUAACAACAUUGCGCGUGCAGCUCAAUGUCCUCAACCUACUGAAGCAAAGGAAAAUAGUAGGAAAACCUCGAGUUCUCCUGCAGUCAUUGAGUCCGAAGCCUCAUCGAGCUCUGCAGCUUCUUCUUCUGCAAAGAAUAGGUCCUCGCAAGAUCUAAGAACUCCCCUACUUGCAACUGAUGAACCACAUGAAACAUACCAGCAGAAUAGAGCAACUCCUGAUUCUCAGUCAUCAUCUAGGUCUUUGAGUGAGUUUGAAAGGCAGAGUGAUGUGGGUGAUGAGAAUGAUUCAAGGCCAAAGAAGAUGGGGAGGAAGGCAAGAAUGAUUGAUUUGACUAAGAAAAUGGGAGAGAAAUUUGAAGAGAAGAAGCGUCACAUUGAAGAAAGGGGUAGGCACAUUGUUGAGAAAAUGAGAGGACCUUGAGACCAACUGAAACAAAUAACUGAUGGCAUUCAUUCUUUGAAGCUCAAAAUGACUGUAAAUGUGAACAGGAGGAAGUCAGGGAAGAACCAUAUCAAUGGAAUAGUUUUAUUGUUAUUAUAGGAUGGAUGAGCUUUAUGCGGGUUAUUCCUUAGCUAAUUCAAUUACUUUUGUUCAUCAAAUACAAAUAUAUAUGUUGGGACUUGUUAUACAUUGUUUAUUAGAUGUGCUUCAUUUUCUUACA